CCACUUCACCAGUCCUCUCCCCGUCCCCUCCCCCCCCCCCCCAACCCCAUACCCACACCGGAAAUAUCACUCCGCCGUCGCUCAACCUCCACCGGUGCCGUCGAUUCACCCUGAACACUAUCGAGGGCAGUAGAUGAUUCGAACAUUCAGGUUCCUAGGUUUUUGAACAAUUUGAUGUGUGAUAUCUGAAGAAGGUUGUAUUGGCUAGUUGAAGUUAGAAGAAGAUGGCGAAGGUUGCUGCUGCGGGUAUGGUACAUCAAUCAAAUGCAGUUAAUUUUGGUGGCGGUGGUGGUUCUAAGGUUACUACUACCACUACAUUGAAACGGAAAACUCCAUCGGAGUUGCGGGGAGAACAAUUGAAGAAAAAGAAUACUGUGGAACUUGUGGAUGAAUCAACAGUCUCAAAUGGUGGCCCAAUGAGUGGUCUUUUCCCAGGGCCCAAGAGAUGUGAUGUACUGAAGAACCCAAGAUAUGUUGAUACUCGUGUGGACGAGCUAUUUCCAGCCAGAAAAAGUAGCAUCAGGCUUAAGUUGGUUUCAAGAAAAGAAAAUGGCAAGGAAAAUUUUCAAGCAGAGAAUAGUGGUAGUACGAAAAAUUGUUCUGUUUCUUCAGCUUUCCCUGCUGAGAAUCAACAGCGAUCAAAAUGCCCAAAAUUCUCUCUUGCUUCAACUGUAACUGGGACAGAUCAUGUAACCGAAACUUGUAGCACAAGCGAAAGGUGCAGUGAGAAUACUUUCCGCAGUGUCACUGAGCUGUCACUGGGUAGUGUAGAUGUACAUGGCUUGUCUACUGUUGAUAUGGAUAAAGCCUUAAGAGGACUGGUUACUCAUGAGCAUCUAGGUGCUGCUGCUAAAAUUGCUGAAUCCUCUGAAACUGAUGGUGGUAUUAGGUCAAAAAUUUUCUGCUCAGAACUCAAUGUCCCAUGCAAGAUGACCCCAUUGGAUUUGACGAUGAAAACUAACAUACGAGUUGUAUCCUCAUCUUUCAUCAAUUGGUUUCAUAGGUUGAUCAAUUGUGGCACCAACAAUGUGGUGGCGAGGUCCUCAGUUAAAUGUUUCAUGAGACAAAAGAUGACCUGUUUAUCUGAAGUGACUUCUGUAUCCCAAUCGAUUAAUCCAAUGUCAUUGCAUUCCUGGAUGUAUCCUCAGUCUCCUCUACCGCCUUCAGUUAUAUCAGCUUUAACCUUAUCUGCCUCAGCUGGAGGGCAACUGGACUUUUUAAGUGAAAGGCAGCUAGCAUGGCAGGAUUCAUUUCGAAGUUUAUAUUACAUGCUUCGGAAGAAUGUUUGCAGCAUCUUCUAUGUUUGCACUGCUCAGUUUGUGAUCAUGUUCACCAGUUCUUAUUCAGAGGACAAAUGUGUUUGUAACGCAUAUAUAUCUCAGUCAACCCGGGGUUUGAGGUCAUUACUCAAAGAACAUGAUGUUUCUUAUUCUAUGCCUCUUUGCCACUCGAAGUUGGAGGAGCUUAGUACGGAAGAACUGGUUGAGCUUUCAGAGAUUGAGAAACAAAAUAUGGGCCAGACUAGGCGUCGGAGUGCAAUGUCUGAUGUGGAUAAUAGGCCAGAUUCCCUGCUGGAAUUUACUGGAAAUAAGAAUGUUCAUUCUUUAUAUGACUUUCUAUUGAACUAUCGAUAUUUCUUAACUUCUCUAACUGGUGUGGAUGUCCCUGUGUUGUAUUCACCUAUACCAUUUGAGAAUGCUGCACUCACUGCACCUGAGGUCAGAUGCAAGGAGGUCAGGAGAAUUGAUCAGGCAGCUUCUCAAGGAAUGGAGUCAAAUGUGGCUUGUGAGCCUAAUCAACAACCAUCUUCUGGGAUGUGCUAUAGUGUUGAAAUUAAGGGUCGAUACCUUGCCCCAUGGGUAACCUCUGCUAUAUGUGAUGCUUUCAGCUCUAACAGCACAAGUUUUGAGGCGAGGGGAUGUCCCUUGGGGUUGCUGUUGGAUUAUGGAGAUCCAGAAACUGUUUCAUCACAGAGCCAGCUUCAGUUAACUUGAAUGCUAGUCUCGGCAUUACUGGGAAAUAUUCUGAUCCUGAAGUUUCAGCAACUGAAACCUUGGACAAUGGUAGCCUUUGUUUUGGUAUCCCGAAUACCAAAUUUUGUUCCCAGAUAAAUUCUGGUUUCUUAAAGGGGUUGAAGUACAAUGGUGGUUCUUACACUGCUUUUCUUUCACCUGUUUGACAUCCUGUGUACAACAUAUUCUGGGUAAAUUAUAAACUGGCAUCUGUUUUUGCUGCAAUACAUCUUUACCGUUGUAAAAUUGUUCAGUAAUUGUUCGGAUUUUAACUGUCUUUGGUCAAAUUCCUGUUGUAAAAUUGUUCAGUAACCGUUCGAGCAUUAUAGCUGCUUUGACAGCUAAUACAGUGUAUAAUUUGCAAAGCGUUGAUGAUCAAUUCUAUUGUUUCUGGUGA